GGAAACACAGGCUUGAGCAGGUCUCCCCGGCAGCAGCAUGAAGGGCUCCCACUUACUCCUCUGCCUCUGCUCCGUGACUUGCUGGUUGAGUCUGAUGCCGGCAGCUGAGAACAAAAUCUUCCACUUCGGACCCUGCAGGAUUUCAAUGAGUGUCACCGAGAUCAGGUCUGGCUUCACUGCAAUUAAAGCAAACAUCCAAGCCCGAGACCCCAUCAGGACCCUGAGCAUCCUGUCACACCCGCAGUCUCUGCACAAGGUCAAGUCUUCAGAUCGAUGCUGUGUCAUCCAUAACCUCUUCAACUUCUACAUGGACAAAGUCUUCAAGCACUGCCAGACUGAGGACUCAUACAUCAACCGGAAAAUCAGCAGCAUAGCCAACUCCUUCCUCAGCAUCAAGAAGAAACUCGAGCAGUGUCAUAAUCAAAAUAAGUGCUUGUGUGGGCAGGAAUCCACUGAGAAAUUUAAGCAAAUACUCGCGAACUAUGAAGGGCUGAAUAUCACAUCUGCAGCAAUUAAAUCCCUGGGCGAGCUGGACAUCCUUCUGGACUGGAUGGAGAAAUCUCGUUAGAGUGGGAGGCAAGAACCACCCACUAACGAGGCUGCUGGCAGGUUGCACCCCUCGCAGGACAAUAACGCCCUGUCCCAGAGCAAUCCCACUGACUGCAGCUGAAGUUGGAUCAAACUCCUGGUGUUUUGCUACCCAGGUGAACAGGCAGAUGCAUCAGCAGGGUCUUGCAUUUAAAUGGAAAUAUGGAGUUUGUUCGAAUCAGCUUCACACUCACAUAUCUGACUUCUAUCAAAGGACACUUUA